UGUAUAGUUCUCUGCCUCCAUCUGCUGGUGUUAAUUUGUAUCUUAAACCAUUCCAUAUGCUUUGAGUAGUUUCCGUUAAAAUAAAUAAAACUUUCUUUUGCAACUCGGCUGAUUUGAUUCUCCCACACUGUUGCGAUCAUAAUAAGUCUUGAAGAAUUAUUUCAGUCACUAAAUCCAUAAUGUCUUUUCAGUAUUAAGAUGAAAAUGAAUUUAGAUGUCGAAGUGCACUUCUGUGUGGAUUUCUUUUUUUUUUAAAGAGCCUUUUGGUGUUGUGCACCCAAUUUUAUCCAAUGUAAUAAUUACAGACCAACACUGAUGAUGUUCGUGUCUGACAAUACUGAAUGCUUUUAUUUUUGGAUAUUAGGUCAAAAUGGGUGCUUACAUAUCCUCAAAGAAUAAUGGUUACUUGUGCAUUACUGCCCUAUAUACAGUGAUAGAUCCUUGCUGUCUGUUUCUUCCGUAAAGUCAGGCAACCUAUGCUUAGAAAAGGCUCUUUCUUCCACUGUGAGAGGAGGUUGUAAAUAUUUUUAAUGUGCCGCAUUCUACCUAUCCUAUUCCAUCUACAGUUAUCUUAGUUUUCAUUAUUAUUAUCCCUGUUAUUGUUGCUACAAAACGUAUUAACCUUCUGUUCAAAUAGCGCAAAUAUUCCAGCACAUCUGAACAUUUGAAAGAAAUUUUUAAAGGGACAUGAAGCUAAUUCUAUUACAACUGAAAUCGCCUCUUACACGCUUCUUCUCAAGUUACUUCUGCACCAUUUGACAUGGAAUACGAAAUACAUCGGAAUACUGCCAUCUGGUGUUGUACGAGUUUUGUCGUUUGUUAGAUGGUUGCCUAGUUCUUGCUAACACCGAUUAGGCCUACUUUAGAAAACAUUGUUAUAACAAAUGCAUUCCAGGAGUCCAGGAUAGCAUUGCGUCAGAAAUAAUAAUUUUGCCGUGCCCCAUUCCCAAUACUUUCUACAUCUAUAAAUGUUUGAUUAUCCCUUCAUGCGUUGUUGUGUUUUCGUGCUGUGUAAAAACAAAUAACCAAAUAAUAAUAUAAUGCUUUUAAUUUGUUGCAUUUAACUAAAUUGGUUAAAGCGAUGUGAUGUUACAAUGCUUGUUUUUUUAUUUUUUAUUUUAUUUUAUUGUGUAGGCGCUGUAGUGACAAUGAAUGCAGUGUGCUUAUUUGAGAGUGGACUACCCUGAGUCUGAACGUCUCCCACGCGGUUUUGGUAUUCGGAGACUGAUCGCGCGCCAAAGUAUUUCAAAUUGCGCGAGGUGACUGGACAGCAGAAUCGAGGAGUAAAUGCAAGCUUGUUGCAUUUUACAUUGCAACAUCUCCGUCACAGCAUUAAAAGGGGAGACUGCAAUCAGUUGAUGCUGCGGAACUAGAUUGGCAUUCUUUUGUUUCAUUUACUAUUUUUGUCCAGUAGUUAUUUUUUAACUCUAGAAAGUUAAGGGCCUUUUUUAUAAGCUGCAACAUCUAAGGUGGGUUUAACGCUUUUCAUCGGAAAUGAGCGACGACGAACAGGCCAAGCAGUCCAUGGAAUGUGCUGGAUCCAUGUCUUCUGGCAAAAAACCGCCGAGAAUGCCUAAGUGUUCCCGUUGCAGAAACCAUGGUUAUGUGUCACCUUUGAAGGGACAUAAACGAUUUUGUAACUGGAGGGAUUGUCUAUGUCAGAAAUGCAAAUUGAUCGCAGAACGGCAGAGGGUGAUGGCGGCUCAGGUGGCACUCCGCAGACAGCAGGCCCAAGAGGAGGAGAUGGGCAUCUGCAGUCCAGUCACCUUGUCCAGCACGGAGGUCAUGGUGAAGAAUGAAGCCACAGGUGACAGGGCUUGCUUCUUCUCCGCAGGGGAAAAGUCUCCCCCUCUCCAAAACAACGAAGCCACAUCACCCUCUGCUACAGGGAACCGACCCGCCAUGCCGUCCAGUCCCACGUCGGCCAGCAGGGGGCACCCUGAGGGUUCAUCUGAUCUGAUGGUGGAUGCAUCCUACUACAACUUCUACCAGCCCUCCCGCUACCCUGCCUACUACAGCAACCUGUACAACUACCAGCAGUACCAGAUGCCCAGCAGCGAGGGUCGCCUGUCGGGCCACAACGUGUCCCCGCAGUACCGGAUGCACUCGUACACUCCGGCCUCCUACUAG